UGUGAUCGCAUCACCCGUCAUGGCUACCCUUGUGAAACGCACACAGUAACCACCAGUGAUGGUUAUAUUCUGUCUCUAUUUCGUAUACCCAGUUCUCAUCGCGAUACAUUGCAGCAUGCGGAAAAUAAACCCGCGGUACUUUUGAUGCAUUGCCUUCUGUGUUCAUCGGAUAUAUUUGUACUGGCUGGGCCCAAUGAUGGUCUGCCAUUUAUGCUAGCCGAUGCCGGAUAUGAUGUUUGGCUGGGUAAUGCACGCGGUAAUGUUUAUUCUCAGCGACACACCACCUUGUCACCAUUCUCUGAAGCAUUUUGGUCAUUUGCCAUGGAUGAAAUUGCCCUAAUAGAUUUGACUUCGCAUAUUGAAUAUAUCUUACAUACAACAAAUCAGAAAAGAUUAAAUUAUAUUGGUUAUUCUCAAGGUACCUUGAUCUUUGCCAUUUUACUCUCAGCAAAGCCGAAUUAUGGGGAAAAAUUAAAAGCUGUUCAUUUAUUGGCGCCGGCAAUUUUUGAGUGUCAUCUACGAUCACCUCCCGUACUAUUGCUGGCGAAAUUUUUAGGUAAUCCUAGUCAGGCGGCAAAUAUUAUUGGCAUGUUGCCAAGUCAGGGUAUCUUUGGUUUGGCUAGACUGGCGGGUAAUGGAUUUUGUAAGAAUCCCCUGCUUAUGGAAUUUUGUAUACAAAUAUUAAAUACAUUUAGCGGCUGGGAUUCGCCAUAUUUAAAUAGGACCCUUUUGCCGGAAAUGCUUUUGACCACACCAGCUGAUGGCUCAAAUUUACAAAUCAAUCACUAUCUACAAUUGGCCACAUCUUGUGAAUUCAAGGCCUAUGAUUAUGGACCAGAAAUUAAUAUUCGCAAAUAUGGCACAAUGAAGCCACCACUAUAUAAUGUGAAAAAUAUCCAAACCGAUGAACCGAUUCAAUUCUAUUUUUCUGAAAAUGAUUUUUUGGCCUCCUACGAUGAUGUCAAAGAUCUGCAUAGUCAAAUUGGAGAUCGUGGACAUUGGAAUCUU